AUCAAGCUCAGCAGUUGGAAGCCGAAGAAGAAGAAGAAGCAGCAGCAGCAGCAAGCAGUAAACGGAGAGCAAGAGAGAAAAUGAAGGCAAUCGUUUUGGUGUUACUCUGCCUGGCGCUGGGCAGCCAGGGACGUGUGCUGCAGCCAGCGGCGAAGGAGGCGCUCGACAUACCCGUGGCCAUAGUCAAGGAGGAGCAACAGCAGCUGAUCAAGGAGGAGCCGAAGCCGGAGCAGGAGCAGGAGCAGAGGGAGGAGAAGCAAGUAGAGCAGGAGAAACAAGUGGAGCAGGAGAAACAAGUGGAGCAGGAGAAACAAGCGGAGCAGGUGGAACAGCAGGAGCAGCAGGAGCAGGAAGCCAAUACGCAACUGCCCCAGGUUGAGCCAGAACUCAAAACUGAGCUGCCUAAAAUUGAGGAAGAGCCGAAGCCGAAGCAGGAGGAAGCGCAACCCGCAGAGCCUCAACCCGCAGAGCCUCAGCCAGCAGAGCCUCAAGCCGAAGCACAGCCCCUUCUCAAAUCCCAGCCCCUUGAGGCCGCUGAAGAGCUAGUUGUGCCUGUGCCCGCUGAGCCAGUGGUGGAGCAGCAGCAGCAGCAGCAGCAAAUCGACGAUGCCGUGCCACACGUUCGCCAAGCCACCCAGGCCACGCCCACCCAGCAGAGCAGCACACAGCAGAACUUUGUGCAGCAAUUGAUCCAGAACUCGCCCAUUGGCCAAUUCCUGAACCAGUUCAACGGACAGCAGCAGCAGCCGGCAGUGCAGGCUGAUCAGGUGGCCACGCCAGCACCCACUCAGCCCGGCUUUCUGAAUCCCAGUGCGGCCAUCACCUCGGCCCAGAAUGCGGCCCAGAAUGCGGUGCAGAGUGUGGUCAACAGCACCACGCAGGCCUUCCAGGGCAUUCAGCAGUUCGCCUCGAAUCUGGGCACCCAGUUCCAGAACACGCUCUCGGGGCUGACGGGCCAGCAGCAGCAGAGCGCCCAGCCGACCACAGUGCGCCCGCCCGGACCCAUUCAGGCCUUUGUGAACAAUGUCUUUGGCGGCGGCAACAAUGCCACGGCCGCGGCUGCAGCCCAGCCACAGCCGGCGGGUCCGCUGCAGGGCAUCAUCAAUUUCCUGGGCGGCAAUCGGCCACAGAAUACGCCCGCCGCACCAGCCGCGCCCGUUGCCACCGAGGCACCCGCCAAGCCCGCUGUCGCCGACAAGCUGGAGCUGGACAACGAGGUGGCCGAGCAGCCCGCCGAGUCCGAGAACGAGGUGAGGAGCAGCGCCGAGGCCACCGACGAUUCCUUCGAGGAGGCGGUGCCCGUCAACGAGGUCAUCGUGGUCAACGACGACGCUGGCGCCGAGCGUGCGCCCAGCAGCAACUCCGUUGAGCCAGAGAUCGAUCCAGAGCUCGCCGCCGCUGCAACUGAGGAUGGAGCCGUCGCCCUCUGAGCGCCCCUUUGCUCAGCUCAGCUCCAAUUCUUGCAGCUCGCCACGUAGCAUUGACUGAAGCCAUUCUCAUCGCCAUUUUUCAAUCAACAGAGAGAGAAAAAGAAAUAAAAAUGAUUAAGAGACAGAAAGAGAGAGAGAGAGAAAGCAAACGAAAAAAACUUUCCAUAGUUGUUUAAGUGCAUGCAAACAAAUUAUUUAUUUCAUUUUCGGAGGAAUUUAUUUUUAAAUAAAAA